AUGAUCCAUAUUUUCCCCCUCCUCGCUAUUUUCAUUUUCUGUGCGCCGGUCCAGUCUCACCCGGUCGACUGGUUGCGCAAGUUCUCCAAUGCCGCUAGGGAGGACGGCAGCUGGCUCUGGGGUUGGGCAUGGGCCUCAGACGGCACCGUCUCGGUCGUAGACAGGUCGCCUGCAAUUACCUUCCCAGCACGCCCCGCCUCUUUUGGUGCAGAACUGCCCGACCCUCUUCUCGGCUAUGUGAUUCCUUUGUCGUCCUUCACUGCACCUUGUCUAAAUCUGACGGCUUCUCUAUCCCUCUGGAGUCGACCCGAUGCUGUCUUGGGGUGUCCCGAUCUUUGCGCCGUAGGACCUUACCAACCUGAUCCGACGGAGACAUGGAUUGCCCUAGUGCAGAGAGGUGGCUGUCCCUUCAUUGAGAAGGCUCGCCAGGCGCAAAGACUGGGCGCGAAAGCCGUGGUGGUCGGUGGUAGCGGCGACAGCCCCGAUGCCUUGCUCAACAUGUAUAGUGAGCGCGACUCGUCUGACGUGACGAUUGCGGCCACGUUCAUCAAAUAUUGGGACUAUGUCGAAUUGCUGUCCAUGAUCGCAAACUCGAAUACCACACAUGCUGGCCUGAAGACGCUGUCUCUCCUGCUCAGCACAGAGUAUUCUCCUUGGGAAUGGUACUCGCCCAUCGUCACUUUCGUCUUCAUUCUCCUGCUCCCAUCUUUACUCACGUUCAUAACACUCCUCAUACACCGUUACCGCGCUGCUCGUGCAGCACAGCGCGAUCGUGCUCCAGAAGACGUCGUGCACAACUUCCCGUGCCGUAUCUGGACCGGGGCAGGGACGGGGCGAGAGAAGGACGGGACCGACAUCCCCCUCAUGACCAACUCGUUUGUAUCUGGGCCGGAACUUGAGCAAGGUCUUACGGAAUCGCCAGAACCGGCUCUCGAGCAUGCGUCUACUUCGUGCGACAGGCCCCUACCUGCCUGGGCAGACGAGCAGGUAGAAUGCGCGAUAUGCCUGGAACUCUUCGCUCCAGGCGAUCGCAUACGAGUCUUGCCAUGCUACCAUAUCUUUCAUGCCGACGAAAUCGAUGAGUGGCUAAUACACAAGAAGAAGCUGUGUCCGGUCUGCAAGAUGGACGUAACACGGCCUCACCCACCCGCCAACCACGUACAAUGUCAGCCCAAUCCCAACACACCACAGCCUACUCCGGACUCCGUCCCUAUCCCCGCACAUUCGCCCAUCUCCGAUCGGACGCCGCUGUUGCAAGACAACAGUAUGCAUUCAUACGACACUUCCUCAUGA